ACACUGCUCGCAGCUGAUUUUUCUUCAGAACGUCGGGGAAAUUGGGAAAUCGGGAAAUAGGAAUAAACUGGCUGGGAUCGCGUUCGGUUCGACUGGCGCACGGAAAACGAAAACGAAAACAAAAACCAAGCUGAACGUGAAUGGCGCAGCCAACUGAGACUCGCACAAUGCAAUAAAAACAGUGAAUAAAACUAAAAGACAAGAAUUAAUUUCGCAAUAAUCACUGCAAACAAAUUGAAACCGCGUGUUUUUCGUUUCGCUUCUCCCGCUCUUUUCGUUGCACUCCUCCUCCCACACUCUUCGCCCGAUGCAGUUGCGAGUGCGUGUGUGUGCGCGUUCUUAAAAUUUAAAUUCAAUGAAUUCGGCAGGCAGUGCAAUUAAAGCGCAACUGAAAAACAAAAGUGAAUUUACCACGUGCGCCGCUCUCUCGCGUCUUUGAGUUCAGUUGUUGUAGUUGUAGCCGCUUUCGUUUUGUUUUGCUGGCGUCUCGCUCUAACAAUUCCCUCUGCCCGAUUUACCGUUGCCCAGCCGCCGAGCAACCGGCGUUUGAAUAACCCAUUGGAUUAGGAUCCACUAACGGGACACCCACACAAGGACAUCAAAAUGGUGCAGGCUCUCGACUACGACUGUGAUGUGCAGGGCCAGGACAUCCCGCAGGCCAUCCAGCUGCUUGGCGAGAUGAACAGCAAUGUGAAACAGGUGACGGAUCUGGUGGAGGGCAUGCUGCAGCGGGUCAAGCGAGGCGAACUGACCACGGAGUACGGCCUGAGCUUCCUGGAGGUCAAGUACCACAUGCUGCUCGACUACUUGAUCAAUCUCACCUACGUGGUACUGCGCAAAUGCUCUGGCGAGACCAUCGAGGGUGAUCCCUCCAUCGAGCGUCUGAUUGAGAUUCGCACAGUGCUGGAGAAGAUUCGGCCUAUAGAUCACAAGCUGCGCUACCAGAUCGACAAGCUGGUGAAGACAGCCACCACAGGCGUGUCGAGCAGUACAGAUCCCAUACUAUACAAGCCCAAUCCAGAUGAUAUGAUGAGCAGUGCAGCCGGAGCAGGUCGCAAUGGGGAUGAUGAUGCGGAAGAUAGCAGCGAUGGGGAUGAUGACGAUGAUGAUGAUGAGGAGGAGGACGAUGAGGAUGAGGCCGGAGCAGCGAAAAUGCCGCGCAAGGCGGCCACAGCCGGGAAAUCCGGAGUGUAUGUUCCGCCGCGCAUAAAACCAGUUUACUACGAUGGCGAUGAACGUGAUGCCGACAAGGAGAAGAAGGCCCUGGACCGGGCCAAGAAGCGGGCCAUUACGUCUUCCAUGUUGCAGGACCUGAAGGAGGAAUACUUGGACGCCCCAACUGAGAUAUCAUCUGGUUCGCGGGCUCAGCAGCUGCUGUCGAAUGCACAGAAGGAGAAACAGGAGUACGAGGAGACCUACUUGAUGCGUUUGCCGGUGACCAAGGCGGAGAAGCAUCGUCAGCGCAAACUGACCACGUUGGGCACACUUGGCGAUGAAAUCCUCGGGGAGAUUAGUCGGGAAUCAGCCCUGCGCGGCGAUGGAAGCAAAAAGCGCAAACUGGCCAAGGGAAAAGGCAAAGGAAAGAAACGCGGCGGUAAAAAGCGAAAGUUCCAUUAAUGGGAAGGUCAAAAACCACUAAAUAAGUGACAACAUCUUUUAGGUUACAUAAAAAAAGAAAAAGUUUUAAAGCAGUUAUAUUUUUUAAUGAUUUAAUAAGUUGAGUUUUCCAUUAUUUUUAUCUUAGUUGAUUUAAAGUUUUUAUAUAUUUUUGAGUCUUUAACAUUUAUAUUUCAUUGUGUAAUGUUAAGUUUUUCAAAUUUAUACUGAAUUUUCAUUAAACACUUUCUUAUAUCAUUAAAAAUUACAAAACAAACGUGUUUUUAUUAAUUUGUUGAUUUCAUUUCAAAAAUGACUUUAAAUUAUUUUCAGCUAAUUAAUUUAGAAUGCUUAUCCAGCAUGGCGCUUAAAUGCGUUUAUAAACUAAUAUUCCACAUAAAACACAAAAUAUACAAAAUGCGCAUUGUAAACUGCAUUCAAAUUUAGACCACAAAAUUACUAAUUUAAGUUUAUUCAGAGACCUAAAUUAAAUUCAAAACUAAAAGAAAAUUUAACACUCAAACGAAAUUAAAAACUUAAAGCAAAGGGAAACUUUGUCUAGUACUGUAUUACAAAGUGAACGUAAAUUUUCAAAUUAAAAUUGUAUCUUAAGGCACAGCAAAAUUAAUCAUAAAGACUACAAACGUAUUUCGUUGUUUUUAGGAGUCACAGCUAAAAUUUAAAAACUUUGGGCAAAUGUAAACUAUCGGAGGUUUAUACUUUGGGUACUCUUGUUUUGAAAAAUAUAAAUUAAACCAAAUUCCAAUGCAGUCAGACCUAAAAAAUGCAAAACCAAAACUAGAAACAAAAGAAAAAACAGAACUUCAGUGACAAAAAGCAGAUGCCUUAACAAGAGACCGGUUUACACAGUAAGAAACGAGCGAAACGAGAACAAAUUUUGACGAAAACUUUUAAGUUGGCGUAUAUGAAAGCAACGAUCGAAAGAAAGACUAUAUAAAACUAUAAUAACGUAAGCCCCACCCAAAAACCAAAAUACAAAAAUUAAAAUCGACAGAGAGUAUUUGAUAAACUUUUAAACCAAUACGCGAAAGAAUAGUUAUUUUAGUUUCAACCAAAAAACUCCUAAAAACAACUGAAUUUAGACACGAAAUUUUAUAUAUUUCUUAUAUAUUGAUUAAAUUAAAAUUAAGCAACACACUUUGAAUACCCUUAAGCGAUGAGAUGCUACGUCCACUUUAAAAGUUUUUAAACGUAUGGGAAACACAGAAACUAAACCAAUUUAUGAGUAAAACCUAUUGAAAAGCGCGCAAAGGGGAAAGUGAGGGGUCUAGUUGAAGAACUAUAUUACAAAACAUAUAAUUAAUACAAUUAAAUGUAAAUGAUAAAUAAAAAACAAAGGUAUGUAGUAUUAAGUUAAAGAAGGCAGCAAGCAAACAAGCAAAUCUUUUGGCUUCUACAACAAACUUUGACUAAGGAUGUAAAAUUUCUUCAAAAUUUUUUGAACAAACUUUUGGCUAUAAAUUUAAGAAACAAGCAACGAUGGGCAGACAACCGAAAAUUACCACAUAAAUGCAAUAGAACUCAAAAUUAUUUACAGGCAACAAGCAACAUGAUGUUUUUAAAUGUAAUUAAAUAAAUUAAUUUAAUUAAUUUAUUUAUGUUAAAAGCUGAAAGACUGAAUAUGUUUAAACGAAAACCAAAAUGUAACAAAAACAAUGAAAUGAAAAGAUAUGUACUUUUUCUCAAGUGUGUGUAUGAACUUAAAUAAUUUUAAUAGCCGAAUUUCUAGCACAAAUUUUAAAACGACUAAAGAAAUCAUUGAUUUUUUUCUGCAUUUUAUUUACCGUCGAAAUAUCAUUUUUCUUGUUUCUAUUCAGUGCAAGUUGUUUAUUUCUGUAUAUGUAAAAGAAAGCGGAAAGCAUGAAAACGGAUACAAAAGUUAAAUAUAUUGCAAAUGUAAAGACAACAAAAACAAAGUGAAAACAACCAAACAAAAGUCGCCUUAGCCAAGCACCACAAAGCAAAAAGAAAUGAUAUGAAUCGAAGUGAAAGAAAAAUUUGUAAAACCAAAUAUAAUACUAAACUUAACUACCAUUUAUUUGUUGUAAUUAAAUGUAACUGAUACUCACACAACAGCAAAAACAUCUACAACAGAAUAGUGCAAAAGUUCAAAAAACAAAACCUAUAUGUAAUUUAAUUUUUAUAGCCAAAGAAGAAACGAAUCAGAGGAAAGCAGAAGCGGUCGGAUCCCCAAGGAUGAAUGGAGAAUUUAGUUUUAAGCAGCCCUAAAAAAUUCUGAACAAAAACUAAUUGGUUACUUAGUGAUAACUGCAGAAUAAAUGUUUUAAUCAACCAUACAAAUUCGAGCUUAAAUUAUUUCCAAAAACAAAACCUUAACUUCAGAUUG